AUGACAUCCUCAGGCACCGCCGCUUCCCUCCUCCUAGCGCUGGUGAUCGUUGUGACCACUGCCGAUUGCUACGUGACACCAGCACCCACCACCUUCACAUCACCGUUUAAGACUCCAUGCUUGCCAAAACCAAACACUGAAAUCGCCAUUGAAGGUCUCAUCUUGUGCAAAUCUGGCAACGAAACCUACCCUAUCAAAGGGGCCAAGGUUAUUGUUGUGUGUCCUAUCGUGGACUCAUACGGAAAGCUAGUGGCUAAGGUAAUAAUCUCGAGCUACCCAACCGACUUGAAAGGGUACUUCUACUUCAUCAUGUACGGACUCUCCCACAAGGUGAAGAACAUCAACGGCUGCAAAGUGAUGCUUGAGAGUUCUCCAGUCUCCAUGUGUAAGACUCGAACAAAUGUCAACAAAGGUGUCACCGGAGCUCCACUCUCUUCUGACAGCUCCAAGUUCCUUAGCCGUGACAACCUGAACCUAUACACCCUUGAACCUUUCUAUUUCUCUAGCCCUGUGGCUCCCAAACCGGUUCAUUAA